CUGUCUCAGAAGAAAUGAGCCCAGAUGUCCGAGAGAUGAUUUUUGGCCUGGGAUGCUUGCUCCUUUAUUGUACUUUGGGAAAUGAUGCCAGUUCAGGUCCAGGACCAGGUGGUCCGGAUGGCUUUUGUCCGUUUCAUGGCAGGAAGUACAAAGCAGGGGAGAGCUGGCACCCGUACCUGGAGCCCCAAGGGGUGAUGUACUGCCUCCGAUGCACCUGCUCCCAGGACACCAGUGUGAGCUGCUACCAGAUCCAGUGCCCAGCUCUUCAGUGUCAAAACCCCAUCAGAGACCCUCGCCAUUGUUGCCCAAAAUGCCCAGAGGUUCAGGUGCCCUCCGGAUUCCAGCUGCCUGUCAAUUCCUCCUGCCGGUACAAUGGCACAACAUACCGACAUGGCGAGAUUUUCACCAACAGCGAACUCUUCCCUUCCAGGCUACCAAACCAGUGCACCCAGUGCAGCUGCUCGGAGGGUCAGAUCUACUGCGGUUUGGUGACCUGCCCAGAGCUGCCGUGUGCCUCACCACAGACCCUCCCAGACUCCUGCUGUCAAGCGUGCAGAGAUACACCCCGCGAGAGGUUGAUAGAAGAGCCCACAUUCAGAGGUGUUAUGCAUUCGCGGCACCAGUGCACAACCGGCGCCAGGAGGAAAGGGUCCCUCGACCUGGUGGAUCCCCCGACAGGUGCUUCACUGGAAUUGGUCCCCAGGAAUAUCCGGACAACCAAAGGGAGAAGCGGCACCACUGUUAGAAUCAUCCUGAAAGAGGAGCACAAGAAGGCAUGUGUUUACAACGGGAAGACCUACUCUCACGGGGAGGUGUGGCACCCCACGGUCCGCUACGUGGUGCGCCUGCCGUGCAUCUUGUGUACCUGCCAGGACGGGAGCCAAGACUGCCAGAAGGUUGUUUGCCCCAAAAAAUACCCCUGCGAAGAACCUGAAACCGUAGACGGAAAAUGCUGCAAAGUCUGUCCAGAGGACAAACAGGUCCCCACGGCUGAAACCAGUCCCGCCAAGUGCAGGGUCUCUCUCUACAUGUUUGUGCCCAGCUCCGAAAACCCCAACGAGAACCUGAGGAAGAUCGCCGUCGAGAGGGAGUCCUCAGAAGACGUGGAAAUCUACAUCUGGAAAUUUGUGAAAGGCAUAUUCCAUUUGAUGCAGAUCAAGAAGGUCAAGAAGCAGGAGUUCAAGCAAGAAGUCCAGAAUUUCCGGCUAGUUUCCAGGACGAAUGAAGCGUAUUGGAACAUGUUCCUGCUCCAAGUGCCAGAAGUCCAGAUGACCGCCAGUCCGGACAAAGAAACAAACAACUUGUAAAAAAGGGGGGAGAGGGAAAAAAAGUAUAUUGAUAUUAAUAUAUACGAGGAAAGUUGCAUUACCAAACUAUCACAGCA